AUGCUGCUCCAGCCGAUGCAGCACCUGCAACAGGCCGCCGUCGUGGCCGCUUGUCCCUUCUCUUCCGCCGCCGGCGCGAAGAAAACCGAGAACAACAUGCAGCUGCAGUUCUACGCCGAUCCCUGCGAGCCCGACAUCGACGCCGACCUCCGCGCCAAGGAGAGGGACCCCAGGGAGCACCCUGACGCACAGUACAUGUCCACGACGCAGAAGGGACACAUCAGCCCGUCGAUACGCGCCGAGCUCGUUCUCUGGAUGGACGCGUUCGCCCGGCACCUUGGCGACCUCCCACAGGGCACGCUCUGCCGCGCCGUCGCCUACCUUGACCGCGUCCUCACCGUGCGCCCCGUGCCAUCCCACGACGAGGCGCUCCGCCUAGUCGCGGCGGCCGCCGUCUCCCUUGCCGUCAAGUACGAGCAGACCAGCAGCGAGCGAAGGCUCGACGCCGACGCCGAAGUCGUCGAAGAGUUUGUCGGGACCACCGUGGCUGCCGUGGAGGCGAUGGAGCGAGAGCUCGUCAUGGAUCUGGAUUGCGUCAUGGACGGGCCGACCGCAUUCACGUUCGUCGAGCGCUUCACGAGGUUCUUCAAGCGGAAAGACGAGUUCCUGGUGAGGACGCUCGCGUUGCGGCUUGUGGACUUGACGCUGCCGGAGUUCAGGUUCGUCGGCAAGAUCCUUCCGUCCGCCGUCGCUGCCUCGGCGCUGUUCCUAGCGAGGCAAAUCCUGGCCGUGCCGUUGAGUAACAAGGAGUUGACUGGGUACAAGGCCGUGGAGUUGAUGGGUUGCAUAGAGGCCAUGGCGAUGCUGAUGCCGGAACCCAAACCCUAA